AUGCAGAGAGCGGUGCUCCUCCUCCUGAUCGGAAUCGUGGAUCUGACCAUGUGCCAGCAUAACAGCCAGUUCCAAUGGCUGUCCCAUCUGCGAGGGCGGCGUCGGCACGCCAGCUGGCAGGCCGACCAGGUGGACUGCCCCCUGGAGUGUGACUGCCCCACAACCUAUUUCACUGCUAUGUACUGUCACAACCGUAACCUACAGCAUGUUCCCUACGUACCCUCACACAUCAAGUAUGUCUACCUGCAGCACAACCGGAUCACUGGCAUCCAGGAUGGGGUGUUUGACAACGCUACCAACUUGGUCUGGGUCGUGCUGUUUAACAACCAACUCAACUCAGACAAGAUUGGCAACAACGUUUUCAGCAAGCUCAAGAACCUGGACCGGUUGCUCCUGGAUCACAAUGAGCUCACCCAUGUGCCACCCAACUUGCCCAAGUCCAUCACAGACCUGCGGCUCGGUCAUAACAAGAUCUCAAAAAUCCUUCCCAAAUCUUUUGAGGGGAUGGCCAACCUCACCUCCCUUCAGCUCCAAGCAAAUGUCAUAGAGGACGUUCAAGGUGUGUUCAAGGGGCUGAAGUCUCUGACUUUGCUGGACAUGAGGAAAAACAAACUGAGGACAAUCCCUGACAAACUCCCUGAGAGGCUUCAACAGCUCUACCUGGAGUUUAACAGCAUAGAGAGUGUGCCCGAAGGCUUCUUGACCCUGUAUCCUAAAGUGAAGUAUGUCCGGUUGGCUCAUAACAAGCUGACCGAUAAAGGACUUCCUUCCAAUGUCUUCAACAUCAGCACACUGACUGAGCUCGACCUGUCCUUCAAUAAACUGGAGAAGAUCCCUGUGGUCAGCAUGAACCUAGAGAACCUUUAUCUGCAAGCCAAUAAAAUCAAAGAGUUCUCCCUGCGCAGCUUCUGCAGUGCAAUCAACAUGACAACCUUCUCCAGGCUGAGAGUGCUGCGCCUGGAUGCCAAUAAGAUCAGUGCCAAAGACAUUCCUGCUGAAGCGGCCUACUGUUUGCGGCGCGUCGCCUUUAUUGACGUGUAG